AUGUUGAGGAUGGAGCUGACGCUGAACGUUGAGGAUGUGAACGUUGAGGAUGGAGCUGACGCGUACGUGGCUCUGCAGAAGAUAAGUGAAUUAAAAGAUUUGACGCCUUUGAGUGAGGGGUCGGCGCAGUGGUGGACGGACGGGCUGGAGGCAUCUGGGGUGUACAUACACCACAAUAAACUAGCGAUGCUUAAGAGAGAGAUAGGCUGUACAUUCCCUGCUGCUGCUGCUGCUGCUAAAAGGCAGAACAGCAGCAACAGCAGCAGCAGCAGCAGCAGCAGCAGCAACAAGAAUAACACCAGCAAGGAUAAAAGCACUAGCAGCAGCAAGAACAACAGCAACAACAACGACAGCAACAAAAACAGCAGCAGCAGCAACAGCAGCAGCAGCAGCAGCAGCAGCGGGGAGGCGAACGGUCCAUGA